GCACGCCCAGCCCCCAACCACAGGUUGGCCUUGGGGGGGGGCGUCGGCGACGCUCACCCUGCGGCGCGAUCCGCUCCGGGCCCCCCCCCAUCUGCGGGGCGGCCUCCCCGCGCGCGGCUCCGCCCGCCGCCCAUGCUGCUGCAGCAGGGCACGAGCGCCCUCCCGCCGCACCGGGCCGCGCCGACGCUGAGCGUGGCGCAGCGGCACGCCAACCACGCGGGCGGCAGGUACGAGGGCGAGGUCUCGGUCGAGAGCGGCAGGCGAGAGGGCCGGGGGACGUACUUCUACCCCAACCCCUACUUCACGUACGAGGGCGAUUGGCUUGCUGGCAAGAAGCACGGGAGUGGCCGCCUGACGUUUGAGGACGGCGGCUAUUACGAGGGUGAGUUCCGUCAAGGCGAGAUCGUCGGCGAGGGGGUGCAGCUCUGGGCGAAUGGCACCGAGUACACUGGGCAGUUCUUGAACGGCCUGAGGCACGGCAGCGGUGUGCUCACCAAGGCCGACGGGACCACGUACGACGGCGCCUUCGGCCAGAACCAGUACGCAGGCGCCGGCUCGCUGGUGCUGCCGACGGGGGACACGUACAGGGGCGAGUUCGCGGCGCACAAGUACCACGGCUCCGGCGCCCUCGCGCAGCCCUCCGCGGACCGCCGCUACAUCGGCGGCUUUGCGGAGGGGGCCUUCGAGGGGGAGGGGGAGCUGCACGAGCGGGGCAACGAGUUCGUCUACGCGGGCCAGUGGCGCGCGGGCGUACGCGAGGGCCGUGGCAAGCAGGUCGACCACAGGAUAGGCCUGUCCUUCGAGGGCGAGUGGGCCGGCGGCCUGCCGGCCGCGGUGCCCUCGUCCUGGGACCUGGCCGCCGCGGGCACCUCGGAGUCCUACCUGCCCGCGUGCUCGGCGCUGAAGGAGGAGGCCGCUGAUCAGCUCCUCGACGCCAAGGAGAAGAAGGCCAAGGAGGCGGCCGCGGCCAAGAAGGCCAAGGAAGCGGGCGCGCCCGCCCCGGCGGAGGCGCCGAGCGGGCCGGAGCUGCUCCUGCAGCCCGGGGCCAGCCUGCCGCAGGUCGUGCUGCGCAUGGCCGACAGCGACGGCGCCCCGCUGUCAGGCGAGGCUGGCCGCUGCUUCCGCGUCACCAUGUACAGGGAGCAGCGGAAAGAGGGCGCUGCCGAGGUGGAGAUCGAGCGCGUGCCCGUCAGGUUUGCCGACCAGCGGCAGGUCCUGGACCCGGCCCCCGGUGGCAAGCCAGGCGCCGGCGGGAAGGUGACUCCCGUGCCGAAAGCCGACGCCGUGAAGCGUAAGGUCAGCAAGUCGGCCAAGGAUGCCACGCCCGUCCCGACCCCCGACCCCGACGAGCCCCCGCCGCACCCGGGCGACGACUGCCGCGAGGGCGCGCUGGGGCCAGACGGCCGUGCGCUGCUGGGCGGUGGCGAGGAGUGGCUGGUGCCCGCCCACCUGCAGCCGGCCAUUUAUUCUCCUGCGCUCGUGCCGCCUUGCUGCCCCUCCAGGUGCGGCGGGCCGUGGGCUCUGCUGCCCGCGCUGGAGGUGCCCGUGCGGGUGGCCCCGCCCGAGGGCCAGGGCCGCGCGACCCCGGGGCCCGCGGCGUCCAAGGGCGGCGCCAAGAAGUGAGCACAGGCCUCCUGCUCCUGCUCCUCCUGCUCCUCCUCCUCCUCCUCCUCCUCCUCCUUCUGAGGAGGAGGACCUCCCACGACAGGCCUCGCAACCUUCUCCUGGGCCUCCCCGGCCCGGCCGCGCGAAACUGUGCACGGGCUGCGCGGCGUCCAACA